AUGGCUGCAUCAAGGAGCAAUUCAGGCUUAACAGCGAAUAGUUUGGCGGCUACUCCAAGUGAAGAGCCGAUGGAUAUUGAGACUGAAAAUGCUCUUUCUACAUCACAAGCGAAAAUCGGGUUACUGUCACAUACCUUGGUAUCAAGCCCGAUAAUCCAGUGGAUUCUCCCCGCGCAUCUCAGAGGAAAGGACCAGAAUGAUGUUGUUUUCGUUGGUGAACGACAUUUGCAAAUCAAAGAAGCUGUAUCCGGAGAUCUGAAGGAGGUCACUACCAAAAAUGACUUCGACUCAUAUAUUAUGGCCGCGAAAGUCGUCAACGUGAGCACGGAAUUGCCUUGGGAGGAAGAAAUGAAGCUCGGGUCUAGCAACCUGACGUCGCGUACGAACCCAGAUAUGCAUCAGGACCUUCCACCACAAAUAUUGGUACUCAGCCUUGCUUCAAAAGAGCUAGUAUUCCUAUACUUCUGGAAUGCAGGUGGCCAGUUUAUCUAUCACCAUCGCCCGUUACCAAACGAUGUCAGCGCCUUCGAACGAUUUGGCCGCAAUAUUGCUGUGGAACCAAGGUCCCGCGCAGUCGCCGUUAGUGCCUCGUGUGAUUAUUUUGGGGUCUUUGUCCUGGAGAAGCCGCCUAUUAUUCAGUCCCAGAUGGCUCAAAACAAGCUCGAUCCGAUAGCAGAGGAGCGAUUUUUCCGCCUUGAAGGUGAUAUCAUAGCGAUGGAAUUCCUGUACCCCAAAUCUGAAGACAGUGACAAGAUUAUCUUAAUCCUAUUGGUUGCUCAAGACCACUUAACGCAUGCUGUUUGUUACGAGUGGGACGCGAACGAGUCUUUGCGCCAGGCUGCACCCCGGGUGACCAGGAAAGUUUUGCCGCUGGAGGAUAGGCUACCGACGAUGCUGAUUCCGUUGACUAAGACGUCUUCCUUCUUGCUCGUCACUACAACUUCAAUGGCCGUUUAUCAAAACAAGCUUGACCCACAGAGACAUCCUAGCAGAUACCCGCUUCCGGUCUAUGAAAGGGAAUCUCAGAAAUCACCUCUCUGGACCAGAUGGGCAAGGCCGUUGCGCAAUUGGCUGUACAACCAAAAGCAUGAUGACAUUUACCUCUGUCGUGAGGAUGGCGAAAUCAUCUAUCUGGGUAUUGGCAGAGAAGGCGAGCUUGAAAACCAAACUCAUUUGGGACAACUCUGCUGUGAUGUUGACGCCGCAUUUGAUAUCUUGGAUAUCGGCUAUGAAGGUGGUGACCUGCUUCUUGCAGCAGGCACAACUGGUGAUGGCGGCUUAUUCGUUCAGAAGGCUCGGGAUCAUCCACGAUGUGUUCAGAAAUUCAUGAACUGGACCCCGGUCACCGACUCCGUCGUUGUGAAGAAUGACAACGCCAUAUCUUCGGACAUCGCAGGCGAUCGACUUUUUGUUUGCUCUGCCUCUUCGUUCUCGCGAGGGGCUGUAGUUGAGCUUCGACAUGGCGUCGAAGCACAAAUCGGACUGAUUGUUGCAUUGGAGGAGUUGUCGGGCACAAGAGACAUAUGGACCAUGCCAGACAGAAUCAGCGGUGGCGUUUUGGUUCUAACAUCGGACCCUGUUUCCUCACUCCUGCUAUACCUACCUGCCGAUUUUGGAGAGGAACUGUGUGCUAUUGAUGAGGCAGAGUCUGGACUCGACUUUGGCACACAGACUUUGGCGGCCGGGUGCACUAUAUCGGGGGCUAUCAUCCAAGUGACGGACAGGUCAGUUUGUAUUGGGGCAACUCCGGAAACAUCGGGCUACCGGCUUGAUGUCGAGUCUGGACAGACGAUUGUGGUGGCUGCGAUCGAUGGACCGACUUCACUCAUUGCCAUUGCUGUUAGAACCCAGCAUGAAGUGCGUCUACACGUGAAGAGACUCAAUAUAAGUGAUGGUCAGCAUCAACUUCUUGAUGUGAAUCCGCCCUUACUGAUCCAAAAUGAGCCUAUCUGUAUGACCAUUGAGGAACUCGACUCUUCUCUGUUUCUCUUCAUAGGCACAGGUAGCGGCAGCAUUGUGGUGUAUAGCAUAGCUGAUACCGUCGCUUUCUUGUUGGAAACUAAUGUUAUGGUCGGGAACGAGGACGACAUAUCGAAAGCCAUUGACAGCAUUGCUGUCAUCAGGAAGGCUGGUCCAGGACUGUACACCGUUCUAUGCGGUCUGCGAAGCGGCAUUCUAGUUCCUUUCGGGCUAUCGCUGGAGAAGGGAAGCGCUGAUUCCCCUAUUUCAUUGAAGCAGACAACACCGGAGCAGCUAGGGCAUACAUCUGUAAAGGUGCAGGGCAAGGGAGAAAUUGCGUUAUUGACUUGCGGACAAGGGUUUUGGCGAGCAUCCUGUGCUGGCGGGCUAGCCGAUCACACUGUUCAGAGAAUAUGGAUUACUGAUCAAAAUAAUCCUGCAUACCAUCCAAAAAGCAUUCAUAGCUUUUCCACCUCUAGUUCGGGAAGCCAAGACAUGGAUGGUCUAUCUGGCACGCUGUUCUGCGUCGCAGAUGGGCAGCUUAUGGUUUGCACCUUGGAUCAGGAAGCAAAGACCGUUCCAAGGAGGAUCGAUCUGCCGGGCAGUGCUAGCAAACUUGCUUAUUCGCGACAUCUCAGGAGCUUAAUAGUGGUUUACUCUCAGACUUCAUACGACACCGACGCUGAUCCUAUCAAACGCUAUACUCGACCCUUUAUUGAGUUUGUGGACCCCGACCUACAACAUUCACUAGUGGACUCCCUUGAGAAUCCACUGGAUGAAGAACCCCGGCCUUGGAGACCCCAGGGAGUGGCAGGAGAGAAAAUCAGCUGCAUACUGGAGUGGACACCCAGGAAAGGUGACGAGGAGUAUCACUUCAUUGUCAUUGGCACAUCUCGCAGGAACCAGCAGGACCGGGGCAGAGUCAUAUUCUUGCAGGCAUACCGUGACCCGUCCAAGCCGUCACGGAUUGAAUGCUCUGUGAAAUACAUCCACUCGUUUGAGGGGCCGGUUUUCGCAAUUGCGCCGUACGGUGCGUUCACAUUGAUGGUUUCAACAGGUCAUGAAAUCGUACCACUGGAACCGAAGUUCUCACAAACACGAUGGGUUCGAGCAGCAAGAUACUCGGUCUUGUCUCCAGCGAUCCUCAUAACCGCCCGGGAGCCCUACCUUUACUUGACCACAUCAAGAGAGUCGCUUAUGGUGCUCAAGGCCACAGAAGAAAAAUUGUCUCUCCAUUCUUAUGAUCGGCAGAAGCACGACGGGCUCGCUCAUGUUUAUAUCGGUGGGAAGAGGAAACUUAUUCUCUGCUCUAACAGAGGUGGCCGAGUCAGCCUUUUGACGGAACACGGGAUAACCGAGAGCAAUAAGAUGUUGCCUAUAGCCCUGUGUGAAGCACACCUUCCUUCAUCCGUGAUGAGACUCAACGCAGGAUCCAACAAGUCACCCAUUUCUUCCAGCUCUCAAGUGUUCUACGGCAAUGCCAUGAAUGGCACCGUCUACCGGUUCUUGACUGUUGGCGAAAAAGAGUGGCGCCUCCUACGCCUGCUGCAAAACCUAUGCAUCCGGGACCCGAUCAUCUGCCCGUUUACACCCAGGCGGAUGAAACAGCGCAACCCUAUGAGACUAAUGGACCCUCAACCAUCUCAAAUGCAUAUCGAUGGGGACAUUCUCAGUCGCUUGCUACUGCGUGGUCCUGGUCAUUUGAUGCACAUGCUCAAUAGGGAGACGUCCAGUGGGACAUCUACUCCCGGGAUUGGACCGGGACAGACAGUCCUUGAGCAAUUCGCUGAAGUGGCCGGAGAUGCGCUUGGAGAAAUGACGGAUCCAGUAGAGAGCGCGAUGGGGUGGUUGCAAAAGAUACUCCUGGUGGAAUUCUAG